AUGACAGAGUAGGAAAUAUAAAUCAGACAUAUAUAAAUUAUGUGGUAGUGCAACAAAAUGAAAACAGCCGAAACAGGGAAACACAGUAAACAAAUCAAAACAAUGACCCCGUUGGAAAUGCUGAGUGUUUAGUUAGUAGUACUAGACUACUAGUGUGCUCAAGAGUGGUGACUGCUGACUGAGUGUGCUGCUGAUUGCCUACUGCCAGACAAGAGAAACAGAAGGGAAUUUACUUCAAGAAAACAGGAUGAAGAAUGGGAAUGGUCACAUACUGUGUGUGCCGGGCCAGAGGCUGUGUGAGGCCAGCAGCUCACAUGUCGGAGGAGAAGGCACCUACACCUUCAAUAAGUACAUCUAUGCCUCCCUGAUUGGAAGAGUUGUGGUGGAGCCUCAGAGGGACUUGCACAUUGUGAAGGUUACAUCAGGGCAGCAAGGCACAGUCAUGCCAGAAGCAGGAAGCAUUGUGACAUGUCGAGUGUUGAGUGUGAACCCUAGCCAGGCAACUGUGUCUAUCAUCUGUGUGGGUCCCAACAAGCUACACACUCCUGUGUCAGGGACAGUGCGGAAGCAGAAUGUCCGAGAUCAUCAGAUUGAUACGGUGGAAAUGUAUAAUUGUUUUAGGCCGGAUGACAUCAUCUUGGCAGUGGUGAUGUCCCUGGGUGACUUGCGGAACUAUGAGCUAUCAACGGCAAGGUCAGAGCUUGGGGUAGUGACAGCCCACUGUGAGGAGGGCCACCCCUUGGUUCCUGCCUCCUGGACCACCAUGAAGUGCAAAUGUAGAAUAGAGAAGAGAAAAGUAGCAAAAGUAAUGCCACCUAAAACAUAAAGAUUAAAGUUUUCUUCAGGCAUUAUAUACACAAACUUUUUAUAAAAUGUCUACAAACUAACUCAUAAAACAAUAAAGUUUUAGUGAACCAAA